CGCCUCACGCACCCCGGAAAGGCCAUCCUGGCAGGCGGCCUGGCUGGAGGCAUCGAGAUCUGCAUCACCUUCCCCACCGAGUAUGUGAAGACGCAGCUGCAGCUGGACGAGAAGGCCAACCCCCCGCGCUACCGGGGCAUAGGAGACUGUGUGAAGCAGACCGUCCGCAGCCACGGCGUCCUGGGCCUCUACCGAGGCCUCAGCUCUCUUCUCUAUGGCUCCAUUCCCAAGGCAGCUGUCAGGUUUGGGAUGUUCGAAUUCCUCAGUAACCAAAUGCGGGACGCCCAGGGCCGGCUGGACAGUACUCGAGGGCUGCUGUGCGGGCUGGGGGCCGGCGUGGCUGAGGCUGUGGUGGUCGUGUGCCCCAUGGAGACCAUCAAG